AAAUUAAAUAUACAGAAAUCGUAUAUUACAGUAUUAUCAUAUUUAUAGGAUAAGAAUUGUUGAAAAUAUGAUUACCUUAAGGGGAAAAUUGAAGAAAGAUAGUGAUAUAGCAAAUUCAAAAAACAGAGAUUAUAAUAAACGUGUUUCUGUCCGUGAUAAGUUAUUAAUUAAAGAGGUUCAAGAAAUGGAACAAACUUUACCUAGUACAUGUCAGGUGAAAUUUGAUGACCCUCACUGUUUACAUGAGUUUAUCCUCUUGAUUGUUCCUGAUGAAGGAUAUUGGAUUGGAGGUAGAUUUCACUUUCAAAUUUAUAUACCUGAAGAAUAUAAUAUGGCUCCACCAAAAGUUCAGUGUUUAACAAAAUUAUGGCAUCCUAAUAUAAGUGAAGAUGGUAAUGUAUGCCUUUCGAUUUUAAGACAAAGUAGUGUAGAUGAGAUGGGAUGGGCACCAACUCGUAAGCUCAAAGAUGUUGUAUGGGGUUUGAAUUCUCUUUUUACUGAUCUUUUAAAUUUUGAUGAUCCCUUAAACAGAGAAGCUGCUGAUCUAUUUAAAAAAGAUAAGGAAUCUUUCCGAAGUACGGUCAAAGAUUAUGUUAUGCAGUAUGCAAAAAGAUGAUUGAGACCAGUGAAUAUUACUGUAACAGUGUAAUUGUACAUUUGUGGAAUU